CGGAGAAAACUAUACGGUACGUCUAGCGUAUUGUGCCUUACUACUGCGGCACGGUCACGGCGGACGCAGCAGCAGGCUGCUGUGUGAUGAAAAGCUCCGGUGAAAAGCUAGCUGAAGAUGAUUAGAAAAUCUCUGGUCUUUCGGCUGUGCGCAGACGCGCUUGAUCGUCCAGCCUCAAAAUAUCCGACUAAUUGUGAUCUGAAAUUGCAAUCUCCGAUCAAUACACAUGCCACGUGUUAGCUCCGAAUUCAUCUAUAUAGGCUGCAUCGAGACUGCGUGCCGUGUAAUAUCCGAAUAAAACAAUCGUAAUAUCAUGGAAGUAUGUAAUUCUGCAUUGGAGAUUAAGUGAACAGCAGGUGUAACAACCGUGUAAAAUGAGAGGAAAAUGGCGUCCAUUAUUCGGACUCGUUCGUUCGUUCUCCUGCUCUCAAGUGCGGCCCUGUUAAUAAUAUAUCUUGCUUUCGAACGAUAUUUUUGGAGAGUGGCACCAGUGGUCUCGGCGUUAUCGGGAGGAGCCGCCGGAGUCGGGUUUCAGCCUUCACGGAACCCGCGUCGACCACCACAUAUCGUGUUCAUAUUGGCAGACGAUUACGGUUUCAAUGACAUCGGCUACAGGAAUCCAGCAAUGAGGACUCCAAACCUAGACUAUCUCGCUGCUGAGGGGAUCAAGUUGGAUAAUUACUAUGUUCAACCAAUAUGUACUCCGUCACGGGCACAGCUGAUGAGCGGAAAAUAUCAGAUUCAUACGGGGCUCCAGCAUUCCAUUAUUUGGCCUCCUCAACCCAACUGUUUACCCCUCGACCUUCCGACCCUCCCCCAGAAGCUGAAGGAAGCUGGCUACGCCACUCACAUGGCAGGGAAGUGGCAUCUUGGCUUCUACAAGAAAGAGUGCUGGCCGACGAACAGAGGCUUCGACUCAUUUCUCGGUAUAUUGCUAGGAAAGGGGGAUCAUUUCCUGCACACGGAAGAGGGUGGUGGUGGACCCUACCCUUCAACAUGGCCGUGGGAGGGGCUCGAUUUCAGGGAUGGUCUACAAUCAACGAAUGCAUAUUCAGGGAUCUACUCGACACAUGUUAUUGCAGAGCGGGUAGAAAAUAUCAUUGAAAAACAUGACAAGGACAAGCCUCUGUUCUUGUACGUAUCGUUUCAAGCCGUACAUACCCCACUGCAAGUUCCAGAAAGCUACCUCCAGCCAUUCGAGUCUUCAAUCCAGGAUGAAAAGAGACGAAUCUAUGCGGGAAUGACAUACUGUAUGGAUGAAGCAGUAGGCAACAUCACAAAGAAGCUGAAGAAGCAAGGGCUGUGGGACGAUACCGUAUUGGUAUUUUCAUCUGACAAUGGUGGCAACAUCGAUCAGGGUGCCAGCAACUGGCCCCUACGCGGGUCCAAGACCACCUUAUGGGAAGGAGGUGUCCGCGCUGUAGGCUUUGUGACCAGUCCACUCCUUUCUGAGAGAAUGAAAGGUACAGUCAGUCGAGAAUUGAUCGACAUAAGCGACUGGUACCCAACUCUAAUAGAGGGUGUCGCUGGAUGGACGCUGAGCGGUACAAAACUAGAUGGAUACAACAUCUGGGAAACCUUAAGAAGUGGAAAACCUUCUGCAAGGGUUGAACUGCUGCAUAACAUCGACCCUCUCAUCACCCCUCCCUCGACAUGGCCCAAUGAUUCUAUCGCAGCGGCUCAUAACUCUUUCUCUACUAGGACGUAUGCUGCACUGCGAUACAAGGAUUGGAAAAUCGUCACCGGAUAUCAAAGUAUCAAUAAUGGAUGGUACUCGCCAGCAGAAUCCAGCGAGCAGUCAGUCGCCUCUGAGAUCCUGCCGGGGAAAUCCGUCUGGUUGUUUAACAUCACGCGCGAUCCCAGGGAGUUCCACGAUCUGUCGAACCAAGAACCUGCGAUAGUGAACUUUCUUCUGGAGAGGUUGGAGUCUUACCAGUCUGGCGCUAGCCCGGUCCUCUACCCCGAUAUAGACACAAAGGCGAACCCAGCCGGACACGGCGGCAUUUGGGACAGUUGGGAAUAAAUUCCAUAUAGCUAAAAUAAUAAUAAUGGUGGCUUCUUAUAUAGCGCACAUGUCCGUCACGUUGUGACGCUCC